AUGGAAAUAGUCAUCGAAAAUCCUUCGGAAAGUCAAUCGGUGACACCUAGUGCUGCAACUGGCCACGUGACUGUGGCUGCAGCUGCAGCAGCUGCUGCAGCGGUCUCGAGAAGUCCUCGUCCAUUGAGUUGUACAAUCGAAGAUUUCAACGAUGGGAAUACUAUGAGACGUGUUGACAGAUCAGGAUUGUUAGAAAUAUCUAAUAUAGAUCAUCAUCCAUCAUCAUCAUCAUCAUCAUCAUCUUCGUCAUCAUCAUCCUCGUCUCGUUUUCGACACUGCAGACCGAUUGGUGCCGAAAGUAGUAUAGCUGGUCAUGCUGGUACUUUACCACGUCGGGUCGAUCGUUCUGGUUUAUUAGAAGCUCUUCCAGAAUUACCAGAAAAUAAUCGUCGUAGUUCGGAUGAACUUUUACGAACUCCAUACAAUGUACAGGAAGUGACGAUGAUCAAACAACCGGACGUAAUUGCUCUCGUACGUUCACCAACGAUUAAUUAUGAUUCUUCAACGAGAUUCUCAAACCCUUCACCGUCCCUCUUACGUCCAAUAAAAAGUCCUAGUCCAGGUACAACGAGCACCAGCACCAACACCAACACCAUCACCACCACCACCAACACCUCAAGAAUGUCGCCAACUGCUAACAUAACGCGUCGUGCUGAUGGGGAUUCUGGUUUACCAAAUGAAAGAUCAAUACGAUUUUCUUCGUCUACCGAAACGUUUAAUCCUAUCGAAUCAUCGAUUGGCCUAUCGAGAGAAUGUAGAUACUCUUACAAGGAUUCACCUAAUUUUAUUUCGAAUUCGAGAAACGAAAUUGAUAACAACGAUGAGAUCGUACAAAUGGAUAUUAUUAAUCAUGUCAAUGUUAAUGACGAUGAAAAAAAUGAUGAAAACGAUGAUAACGAUUUAAUACCGAGAGGUGAAAGGGCCGAAGCAGAGGGUUGCGAAAAUACGACCAAUGAGAAUCUAGAAGAAGGUAGGGUUUCCUUCAACAAUACUACCAACAAUAAACUUUAUCACAAUGAUAACGUUCAAACGUUAACGGUGAUCAUUUUGUCGGAACAAUUGUGA